AUGAUCAAGGAAGAAUUCGAUUUAACGAUCAAGGAAGUUACAAAUUCCAUGUGCACCGUUGACGACGCCACAGUCACAGGAUGCUACCAGUGCCCUCAAGGGGCAGUCGCGAAAGUCGUCUGCAAAUCUAGGGAUCGACCUACGAUGGCGUCAAUAGUCUGUCACGAUACGGCGUUCACAGUUCCAUGCGACCCCCUGGGAGUCACGUCGUCGCUAAAAUUCACGGUCAACCACGCACAAGUUCGAAUCAAUUGCUCAUCUUUCUGUGGCGGAUUUGAGAAGCAUCAGUUCGAGAUCGCCGGCGUACUGCAUUGGAUGAAAACUUUGUACUCCGCUGCUGAAAAACUCAUAGAGGGAGAAAGUAACGUGUAUAACGACAUAGUUCUGCCAGACGUCGCGCAUAUCAUCGACAUUUUUGCAACUUGGUAUAAAUUCGCCAUCAUAAUCGCCAUAGCGCUCAUUGUCAGCAUUAUCGCCGGGUACAUCUUCUUCUGGAGUCACGGACUGCGGAUCUUUCUACUGAUUCCACAACUUCUCUUGAAAUUCAUGAGAGCAACGACACGUCUCAUAAUACGGACAACAGUCAUUCGCUUGUCGCUGUGA